AUGCUCGCCAAGGUGAGGCGCGAGGGCAAGAUUGCUAUCGCUACCGCGACGUCGGGCGUCACUGCUUCUAUCAUGCCUGGUGGCAGGACUGCCCACUCGAGGUUCAAAAUCCCACUGAGUUGCGAUGAUGGAGCCUCGUGCAGCUUCACCAAGCAGAGUGGGACCGCCAAGCUGCUAAGGAUGGCCUCAUUGAUACUAUGGGACGAGGCCAGCAUGACUAAGCGACAAGCGGUUGAGGCAUUAGACAAUAGCAUGCGCGACAUCAUGGGAAUACGCGACCGACCCUUUGGAGGAAAGACUGUUGUUUUUGGCGGGGACUUUAGGCAGGUGCUUCCGGUCGUCAGAAGGGGGUCACGGGGCCAGAUAAUUGAUGCAAGCCUCCGAAGUUCUCAUCUAUGGAAGAGUAUGCGGCAGCUUCGGCUCAUCACCAACAUGAGGGCUCAUAAUGACACGUGGUUUGCAGAUUACUUGCUCAGGGUCGGUAAUGGCACAGAGGAAGCCGACGAUCAAGGCAACAUACUACUCCCUGAUGAUAUCUGUCUGCCAUCUACAGGCAAGGUUGACGACCUGGAGAAGCUGAUUGACCACGUGUUUCCGAGUCUAGAUGACAACAUGGCAGAUUCGAGUUACAUGACAUCUCGCGCAAUCCUUUCCACGACAAAUGACAACGUCGACAAGAUAAACAUCCGCAUGAUAGAGCGUUUCCAUGGAGAUGAAGUAAUCUACCAUAGCUUUGACAGUGCGGAGGAUGACCCAUAUGGCUACUACGCUCCUGAGUUUCUGAACAGAUUGACUCCCAAUGGUCUCCCUCCGCAUGCACUCAAACUAAAGCUGAAUUGCCCAGUGAUACUUCUAAGGAACAUUGAUCCAGCUAAUGGGCUGUGUAACGGGACUAGGCUUGUUGUUAGAGGUUUUGAGAGGAACACCAUUGAUGCAGAAAUCGUGAUUGGACAACACGCUGGUAGGAGGGUCUUCCUUCCUCGAAUACCUCUGUGCCCAUCUGACAACGACAUGUUUCCAUUCAAGUUUAAGAGGAAGCAAUUUCCUAUAUAA